AAUAACAAAAAAUUCAAAACAGUGUAAAAUUUAACCCACUUUAAACAAAAAUGUGUUUUCUUCUUUGAUCAUUGAAAAGUCAGAGGACCAAAUAUUAAACGUUUUAGUGUGAAACAUAAACAAAAAUUUUAAUUAUAACUUGAAAAAGUAUUAUACAUGCAUUUACUUUGGUUGUUAGAAAGACAUUACCAGUGUAACAGAAGUUUUACAGUAAUACAAGAUAAGUUAACCUUCUAUAGAGCAUGUCAGAAGUAUAACUCUGGGGCUUUAGUUAAGCUGGCUAAAUGAGAAACCAGUAAUAUUCUGGAAAAAAAAAACAUGUUUUAAAAAUAAAGUAUUAAUGGCAUUUUAAAGUGUGGGAAAGAAUGAAAAACUUGCCAUCAUAUACAAACUGCCAAGAAAGAGAAAAAAGAGUUUGAGGUUGCAUAUACUAUGAAAUGUUAUGAUAUACAAUAACAUGGUAAAUUAUACUGAACCCUCUUUUAAGUCUUAAAGCUCUUUAGAGUCACAGUUCCAUUUACCCAUGCACACACAUAUUCAAACACUGAUGGCAUUUCAAAUACGAGCAUAUAUGACUUUGCAAAUGUAGUUUUACUUAUUGUAACUGUCAAAAGAAGAAUAUACAACAAAGUGAGGAUUUUUGUUUGUUUCAUUUUAAACAAAAACAAAUAAAAAAUCUUCAUUUUCGAUGUGCACUGUUAAAAAAAAAAAAAAAUCUAAUGACUUUAUUAUUCCAAAAUGCAAAGGGCUUAUGCUGAACUGACAGGUUAAAGUGGAAAACUAUUAAGAUGACAGCGAACAAAAGCCCUCGGGGGACAGAACAAGCUGACAAGAGGAAAAAAGGGGAGAAAAAGCUGAUACUAUUCUCACCUGAGAAGGCAGCCAAUCAAAUUUUGACAGGGGGCGUUUCUAAGGGAAGGCAUAAAGCAGGUGUGACAGGUGACAUCUUGACAUAGAGCAAGGGCAAACAGUCAAGAGAGGAGUGAAAAAGACAAGUCUCAUCUUUUGCAGUUUAGAGACGGCUGGAUGAAUUAAUGCUCAAAACGGACUAAGAGACAGAAAAAGUUGGGAGCUGCAAAAAUAGUCAAGAAUUUGGCAUAAAGGGGAAGAACAUCUAAAGUUGAGAGCGUCUGAGAGGUGAGAAGAAGUUUGACGAUGUCGACAUUUGAGACACAGAGCCAGUCUCCACCUCGCUGUGGCCCACAGUUCCCAAACCUGGGUCAGGAGCCGCCUGAGCUCAGCUUGUACGGUGACUGUUACUACCCUCCUCCAUCACUGCCAAGUCCACAGCGCACAACUCCAACUUCCUACGAACUGACCGACUACGCCAACACUCCGCCAAAUCCAUACCUGUGGUUCAACAGUUCUGGGAUCAACUCUUCGUCGUACCUGCCCGCUACUGGACCUCCUGGCAAUCCAGGUCCGCCUUUCGUUCCUCAGCACUACGGCAUGCAGAGACCCUACUUGGGUCCAGCUGGUCCUGGAGGCCCAGGAGGGGAAUUGAGCUGGUUUUCUCUCCCCUCACAAGAAGAUCUGAUGAAGCUGGUCAGGCCUCCAUACUCAUACUCUGCUCUCAUUGCCAUGGCCAUCCAUGGAGCACCAGACAAGAGACUGACACUCAGCCAGAUUUACCAGUAUGUGGCUGAUAACUUCCCUUUCUACAACAAAAGUAAAGCGGGUUGGCAGAACUCCAUCAGACACAAUCUCUCUCUCAACGACUGCUUCAAAAAAGUACCAAGAGAUGAAGACGACCCAGGUAAAGGCAACUACUGGACGCUUGACCCAAACUGUGAAAAAAUGUUCGACAACGGAAACUUCCGCCGCAAAAGGAAAAGAAAGUCCGACUCCCUCUCUGGCGGUGAUGGUGGUUCAGGUGCUCCAGAGUCGGGUGACAGUGAAAGGGGAAGCCCCAAGCACCCAGCCCUGAACAUGUCUCCAACUCCAGACAGGAUUCCCUCCCCCUCAUUGUCAGGUCCCACACCUUGCCUGAGCAGCUUUUUAUCUGAGAUGUCUACAGUUUCUGCUGGAGCAACAAAUGAGGUCGGGGGUGACGGGUUAAACCGGCCGCUGCAGAUCAGCCUCCCCUUAGAUGGCGCUCACAGAUCCACACAGCCGGGGAGCUUUAACAGUUACUCCCCCAACCCAGGUGGGCCAGAGUGGGUGCCGCAAGUGCCGACCCCGCCUGUGCUCACCUCUUCACCCAACCACUCAUCUCUAGGCUACUCCAGUCCCAUCCUCAGCCAGUACAGCGGCUCCACCGGGCAUUUCUAUCCAUCACUGAGCUCUGCGGGAAUAAUCUAUCAGCGUGACGGCACAGAAGUUUAAGAAGACGUGAUGGGGAGGAAAGCUGUGUUUGAAGAGACUGUUGAGAGGAAGCUUCACCUGUUGGGGUGAAGAAAAGUAUGUUUGCGCUGACAGAGACAGUUGAGAUCACUAAAGCGUGUGACAGCAGAGUCAAAAACUCUUUGAUUCCCACAGGAACAGCUGAGUCAGCCUUGGAUCGAGACUCCGUGGAAGCGCAGUUUUCCUCACUAUCAGAUCCUGUGUCAGCUUUUACUCCAACUGGAGCUCUCUCAGAUCUUACUCAUUAUUAGCAGAUCCCAGAUCUGAUCUGCUGACUCCAGGCUAUUCUACGCCGCUAUCUGUGAUUCUCUGAUAAAAAUCACCCUUACAACGCAGAGGCAGCACAUUUAUUGGGAGUAGUUAAAUUACACCUUUGUCAACAACGUCUUGUUGCUAAAGUGGCAGAACAAACAAAAGUGAAAGCAGACCCUUUGUCUUGGCUGAAAAAAAAUAAUUCAAUCUCUUUUUUACAGUCUUGUGGGGUUGUACAUGAGGGGUAAUUGUUAUUGUACAUACGUGUUGUGGAACUGCAUACACUAUCACUGGUUUAUUGGCAUAACUUUUACUGUAAAAAAUGAAUUUGUAAAGUGUGCUAUGUGGUGUCUUUAAUAUGAAUAAAAGGUUUUGGAGUACUACUUCAUA